AAUAUGAAGAGAUGUAUUUCGAUUUUGUUGUUUUGUUUAAUCUUAAAAGUGAACAGUCAUGGCAUGAAUGUUGUGUUCUCGUGGAAGCAAAUUAGUUACAAUUUUGAUGGAGUUCUGUAUACAAAGAACUCGGAUUACGACCGAACGGUGAGCGACAACCUCCACUUCGCCGAUGAGCUACAAGAUGCUGAAAAGUUCUUCAUCCAAUACAAUAAUGUGCCGAUCGGGUUCGAGGUUUAUGGAGACACUGUCUUCGUCACUGUGCCGAGGAGACGACAUGGUAUCCCCUCCACCCUAAACUACGUGAAGCUGUCAGAUUCAAAUCCGAUACUGCGUCCAUACCCUGACGCUGCCAGCAAGGCUUUAGUGUCCGUCUACCGGCCCAGGGUCGACGAGUGCGGGCGGCUUUGGAUGGUGGAUACCGGCCUACUGGAGGUCCCUGGAGAGAGGAAGCAGAUUCAGCCUCCUGCAAUAGUCGUCUAUGAUCUUAACAGCAAAAGGCAGAUCUUCAGAUACCAGCUCAAACCGACGGAUCUGGUCGACGAGAGGACGCCAGGAGGUCUAACCUCCAUAACGGUGGACGUCACUUCCUGUUCAGACACGCACGCCUACCUCACAGACCUGGUCACCAACGGACUUAUCGUUUUCUCACUAAAAGAGAGAGACAGCUGGAGGGUACAGGACGACAGUUUCAGGCUCGAUGAGGGGGCUUUGAACUUCACUGUUGCUGGACACGUGAUCAACUGGCGUGAUGGGUUAUUCAGCAUUGCGCUAUCUAACCGGGAUGCUACCAACAGCAGAACAGCCUUCUUCCAUCCGCUGAUGUCUACCCAGGAGUUCUGCGUCGACACGGCUAUGCUCAAGUCUUCGAGACAAGGGAACAUUAAUGGCCAAGUGAGGCUCCUAGGCACCAGAGGUCCACUAACCCAAAGUGGCAGCCAUGACUACCACAACGGCGUGCUGUUCUUCGCCAAUGUGGCACAAGAUGGAGUCCUCUGCUGGAACACCAACAAACCACUAACUCCAGAGAAUGUGGCGCUAGUAGCACAAGACCAUAAGAAACUUGUGUAUAUAUCAGAUUUAAAGGUGAAAGGCGACGAGGUGUGGGUCCUGGUGAAUCAGAUCCCCCGUUUUGUCUACUCCACCCUAGACCCCAGAGAAAAUAAUUUCUACAUUCUGAAAGGGAGAGUACAAGAUCUGAUCAAGAACACGAAGUGCGCGUAAUU